CCAAGAGCCGUCUCUCCCCUGGCUCCCGCUGCUCCUGGAGAAGAAGCCAAAGAGGAGAAAACUGAGGUGGAUGACCGCCGGCCUCCAUCAGUGCUCACACCGGAUCCUGGAUAUUCUGAUGCUGUGCUUCUAGAGGGAGAGCAGGAGCAGACUGCUUCAUCAGAGAUGCCAUGCCAGACUCAGGGAGAGCUGUUCCCAGCCCGAGAGCAGGAAGGGCAGCUCAGGCAGCAGGUGGAAGAGGCACAGGUAAGCCUGACUGGCCAGAACAUCAAGGCAGAGCCACAAGCAGAGCUGCCCCAAGCUCAGAGUGCCAUCAUGACAGUGAAGAGGAGGAACAAGGAAGACAUGGGAAGAAUUCAAGAGGAGAAUCUCCAUCAGCAGAGGGGCGAUCAACAAAACCAGGUGAGUGAAAGAGUGGCAGCCACUCCACUCAUGAAAUGCCCUCUCCUUUCUUGUUUACAGUCUAUCAAGGGACACGUGCAGGCAGAGCUGCAGGACUCUGAGGCUACCAACAAGGCAAGAGAGAAGAGGCUGGAGGAAGAAAUGAAAAGCGUCAGAGAGAAACUUAAUUGCCUCCCUCAGGCUCUAGAAGACCAAGUGGCCAUAAAAAAAAUAAAUCUUCAAGGACUGAGGAGGAAGGAACUAAUCAUUAAUGAAAUAAGGAUCAUGGAGAGGUGUAGGAGUCCCAAUGUUGUGAAAUAUUUAGACAGCUACCUUGUGGGCGAGGAACUCUGGCUGGUUAUGGAGUACAUGGAUGGAGGCGCUCUGAGUGAUAUCAUCUACAAGACCUGCCUGUCUGAAUAUCACAUUGCAGCCAUCAGUCGGGAGUGCCUGCAAGGACUGCAUUUUCUUCACUCAAACCAUGUGAUCCAUCGAGAUGUGAAGAGCGACAACAUCCUUCUCAGAACCAACGGUUCUGUCAAGCUGACUGAUUUUGGCCUCUCUACUCAGCUCACCCCUGAGCAGAGCAGACCGUGCUUGGUAGCUGGGACUCCGUGGUGGAUGGCACCUGAAGUGGUCACAGGUCAACCAUAUGGCCCCAAAGUGGACAUAUGGUCUUUUGGAAUUGCGGGGAUUGAAAUGGUAGAAAAAGAACCUCCUUACUGGGACCAAAGUCAUACCUCGGCUCAACGCCUGAUAGCCACAGAAGGGACCCCACAGUUGCAGCAGCCCAACCAAUUCUCGCCUUGCCUGCAUGACUUCCUGAGCUGCUGCCUGCAGAGAGACGAGGAGCAGCGCUGGUCUGCCAAGGAGCUCCUGCAGCAUCCAUUUGUAACAACAGCCAAGCCAGCAUCCAUCCUGGCACAACUCAUCAACUUAGUCAAGAAGAAG